GAAGAGAGAUCCGAGUGCAGUCUACUUAUUCCUUGUUAUGUAUUAAUCGGUCCUGAACCUUUCUGCUUCCUUGGUUGGGCGAUGCACAAUUCACAGACAUCAAUAUCGAUUGACUGAUUGAUUGACUGGCGGACUAGACUACGUUCAUUGAUCCAUCCAUCCAUACCUCCUCCGUAUCUCCAUACUUACACACUGCUGCAUGCAUUCAUUCACACAUACACAUACACAUCUACGUCUACAUCUACAUACACGCACACGCACACGCACACAUACAACAUACAACAUAAACAUCCUCACACUCAACACACCCUCAAUAUAUACAAAGUACACAGCAGUACUCGACCAAAGUCCGCUGCAUUGUAUCCCAUUCUCGAGCCAUCACAUCUGAGAAUAUCCCUCCAAAUCUGCACCACAAAGGAUCAACAGUCAAUGGAUCCCUAACGAUCAUACCAAGAAUCCCCAAUUCGUGAAAGCCAAUUAGAAUCAAUUACAAGAUACAAAUCAAGGUCGUAUUAUAUAUUGUAUUUGACAACCGCCAUCUUUCGGAUACUUGGAAUACUUGGAAUACCUUCAUUUCCAGUUCCAUCCCAUUCAAACUAAAACGAUACUUCGUACAUGAAAGAAACGGCUUUCCCCAGAUAUAUCAAUCAAUCACCGUCGUGUUCCGCCUAAAGCCGUGGAUCCCCCCAUUUUCACCAUACAUUUUACAUGGGGCAUUGGAUGCUAAGAUACCCCGUUUCCACUUCUCAUCCUGCACCUCAGAAACAACCCAACCCAACCAAUCCAAUCCAUUCGCCAUGAUGACUUCGACAUCGCCCGCAGCUCAUGGACUCGAUCCCAUUCAAACCACAAAUUUGUCUCCCAAUACGGCUCCAGUCGAGAUGGAUGAACUUGACACUUCAAAAAAGUCAAAACUUGUCUCAGGAACGUCGGGUCUAUUAAAUGAUAUUUCGAUCCCGGAAACAUCUCCAAUAACAUCCGAUUAUCCAUCCUAUCCAUCAGCGUCUUCUUCAAUGUUACCCGCAACAACAACAACAACAACAACAAAAACAACAAAUACGACGACAGAGAUGGUGGACUCAUCUAACCAAAAUGCGUCUGUUGGGGAUGAUGGUUCAACAUCACAAGAAGCAUUGACCGCACAACCCGUUACGAACGAAGAAACCUCAUCUAUUGAUCCUGCGCCUGCGCCGCCACCAACAAUGUCAAAAAGCGAAGGUAAAGCACCUGCCAUCGAAUCAUCCUCCGACGCUCAAGAAUCGUCGACUUCGCGACCACGAAUGAAUUCGGAAGCUAUCGGCCCCUCUCUUGAAAAUACCAAAACGCCACCACCACCUACUGACGGAGGGCCUAGACUCUUGAUCACCUUGCUACUUACAUCUGGCGCGCGCCAUCCAUAUAAGAUCGAUGAGAAAUAUUUGACCAAACGCUCUGUUGCGGUGCCAGGUGUUACAGAGAAUGGAAAGAAGGACCCUCUUACUAUCAGUGUAUAUACGCUCAAGGAGUUGAUAUUAAGGGAAUGGAGAGACGAAUGGGAAACAAAGCCAAGCAGCCCAAGUAGUAUACGAUUGAUAUUCUUUGGGAGGCUGUUGGAUGAUAAGGAUCCUUUAAAAGCAUGUAAAUUCAACCCCGAAACAUCAAACGUGGUACACAUGACUAUCAGACCCCAGGAUAUAGUCGACGAGGAAGAUGCAUCAAAAGCGAAGUCCAUGGGCCGAGGAAGAGGAGAGGAUGGGGAAAGCACUGCUGGAUGCAGAUGUGUCAUCCUCUGAAUCCGACCAUUUAAAAGUUAUCACUUUCGUACCAACUACAAACUACAACUCGAAUUCUGCCUAUGGAAAGCAUCGGAAGGGGAAUCUAUUUGUGUACAUGACUCCAAUUCAUUGAACAAAGAUACAACCAAGCAUAUACAUCACAACCGAAGUCACCCAACGGAAUGGGUACAUUACAAGCGAGAAAAUGGCGUUGCGGGUUUGAUUCGAUUGAAGGGUGGUUUUUUCCCCAUAUUUCUUUCUUUAAUUGGUUUAUCGAGCGUUUUUCAAAUAAAAGGGUCAUGGCAUCAUAUCGGAUGUGGAGCUUUGUUAAUACAGGAUUUGGGCGGGUGGAGGAAUGAGCGAGAAUGAGAGCAGGUUGUAUGUCGUGUUGUUGCGUUGUGUAUAAUAAGAUGGAUGUGUGAUCAUAUAUGGAUUUUAGGACAUCAGGAAACUGCGCAUGGAGUGAGAGAUGGCGGGAGGGUGAGCAGAGGAUGAAAUGGCGAAUUGAUUGUUUUUUGAUUGUUUUGAUUGAUAGCGAGCGAUAUGGUUAGGACUUGGGGGAAAGGUGAACUAUUCGAAAGGGAACUUAGGAAUUCAUUAGGAGCAAUACAGUACAGAUGAUGUUCUGGAUAGCGAGAGCGAAUGUUCAUUUGCUUGA